CGGCCACAGAAACUCCCUUGACUGCAUUAAUACUUUACUGAGCGGUUGUGACGGUCUGCCCCCCACAAACUGCUCAGACACACGUUGCGGCUUUCAAGGGCCGCGAGCUGUUUUUUGGUCGAUUCGAUCUGCAAGCGUUAGCGAGGUGGUGAGACGGUGUCACUAUGCCCGUGCAGCCAAUGCUAAAGUUAGUUUAUGGUGCGGGGGGCUCGCCCGUAGAGCAAGCCCAUGCGUGCGGACGGAGGCGCAGGCGCGAGCGUCCGCGUAACAGGGAAAUACAGCGUCAUUGAAAGCACAGCGGAGCAGGCUCAGAUUGAGGUACGGUCGGCCAGCGCCAAGGCCGGGGUAGACUCCACGGCAGCCACGUUGUCAGUGGAUUCAAUGGUGCCGCUGCAAGUGCUAUCGCGGCAGUCGCCCAACGCCGGCGCGACUGCGAGCGUUGGCGCAGCCUCGCCUGGAGUGACAGCUCUGGAUCCAGCAAUGGGCGCAAUUUCGGAUCUGACGGAACAGUCAGGCCUGCCGGGCAUGAUCCUGGGCUCUGCCGACCGCCCCGCCGCCCCCGUCCCCACCUCCCCCAUGCGCAUCCUCUUCCUCAUUAUGCGAUUCUGCGACGACACUGACAACGGCCCCGUCACCACCACCCAAGUGAGUGACAGAGAGAACGGCGCGCCUUGAGUGAGAGAGCGAAGGGCUGACAGGUUGCUUGAGGCUUGGCGGACGCUAGAUCUCGGCAGACCCUAUGGAGGUUAUGUGUUGGUGGCAGGCCGAAGGUACCUCUAUGGGAAACCGGGGGAAAUAGCAGCAAGCUGGUUUUUGGGCGUAUUUUCACGCUCACCCAUUUGCCGCGCACCUGUUUAGAUCACUCGCACGGCUCGCUGCCACUUUUUGUGGCAGAACCUGAAGUCUGCGCUUGUUGGUCUGUUGGUAUUCCUGUUGGGUUUUUCAACACGCGCAUCCGCGCACACGACCACCUGCCCCCCCGGGCUCUGUCAACACGUCCCAGCCCUCAGUCACGACAGCCAGUCUUGGCUCCUCCCUGUCGACCUGCUCUUGCUCACUGGGAGACUGGGAGCUGAUGGGCGCGUAUGGCGUGUGGCGGUGGGGGAUGACCGCUUGCAAGACCGCUUGGCCGUGGAGGUGCGGGCACGGAAGGCAUGCGUCGCGACCUUGGCUAGGAUGCGUGAAUGGGUCGUCUAGGACGUAGGCAUGGCCGUGCCGAGCACCAUUGUUGGUGCGCGUGCACCGAGCCCGAUGAUGGGAAACCUGCGGGCCACGCGUGAGUCUAGCAGGGUCUAGCAAGGGGGCGGGGCCAAACCCCGGGGCACCAUGCAGGAUGAAGAACUUUCGAUCUA